AUGGCGUUCGCAAAUGCAGGCAACUCCUGCUUCGUCAAUGCUGGUCUCCAGGCGAUGUUCGCAUUGCCGGGCUUUGAUGCUUUGCAGCCAACCACGGCGACAGAACGAGCUCUGUUGGCAACUCGUUCGAGAGCUAGAGCAUCGACUUCAGCAAUUUUGCCGCAACCAGUCUUGGAUUUGUACUAUCGCCACCGUCAAGAAGAUUGCGCAGAAUUCUUAGUCGAGUUGCUGUGGGACUGCCCAAGCAUCCACCGCGAACUUCAAGGAACAGAAUGCGGCUGCCUUGCCUGCACCACGUGCAACUAUCGCCGUGCACUACCGGCCGAGCAAUUCUUAACCUUGCAAGUUUCUCUGGUCGACAACGUUGGGCCACUCCGAUCGGUGCAGUCUGCCAUCGAGAAGUACCUCAACCAAGCGACGCAGCAAGAGGACAUUCUGGAGUGGCAAUGCACCAAUCCCGCUUGCACUCGAGCAGGCACAGAUCGACAGCCGCCUCUCCGCCUAACAACUGUUCCUCAAUGGCCAGACAAUCUCAUCAUCGUUUUGAAACGCUGGGAUGCGGAGCACGGUGUCCUCCAUCACAAUGUUGUCGCUGACGAAGAGCUUCACGUGGCCCAAGGCGCAUGCUAUCGUCUUCGCGCAGUGGUUUGUCACAUCGGUGAAACGGCGGCUAGUGGCCACUAUGUUGCAUAUCGGCCACAUGGAAAUCGAUUUCAGCGGUUGGAUGACGCUAACAUCUCCGAAGUUGCAGCAAUUCCUGGCAAGGCAGGCCCCACGCCCGAGAAAGCAUACAUUGUCUGCUACACUCGUGCUGACGAUCACCCUGAUGUUGCUCGAGGUCCUGCCGUCAAACGACCUGCCAUCGAGCUGGAUCCCUCGGACGAUUCAGACAACAGUGAUGUCGUUGUGACCUCAGUGAAACCAGAAAGUGUAUCCAACAGUGACGCUGCCGUGGGCGCCAGUCCGCUCGGCGAGUUCGAAGACAACACUGCGCCAGCAGCAUCUACGAAGCAGCUUCCGAAAAGUCGCAGAAAGUCAAAUGCGCUCUUGAACUACACCGAAGAGGAGCGGAACAUCAUAGUGAAGGCUUUGCAAGACAGCGACACCUUCCCGGCAUGUCUGGACUCCAUCAGAAAGCAGAUCUCGAAGUUCACUUUGUCAGACCCCAGCUCGCAGUAUCGUCUUCACCGAAACACCUUGAUGCAUUGGUUUCGGCGACCGGAACUAUCACAGAAGGCAGCCACUCGUCAAGUUCCUACCUCAACAGCCUUCAGACGAAAGCCAUCCUGGAGAAGCAGUCUAGGCAACUUGCCCGGAGACCAGCAAGUCAAAGUCGUGCAGGGCAUCACGGCCGGAUCGCCUGCCAUGGUGCUGGCAGCCUUGGAAAGUGGAUCCGCUGGUGGAGAACGGCCUGUGCCUCCUGGCACACUUCGGCGAUGGCUGCGCUUUGGCGACUUUUCUUUGCCAGCCGAAAGCAACGACACACAGAACGCCCCCGGAGAAAAGGCGGCAACGCCGUGCUCUCACGAGACCUGGAAAGAAGAAUAUGCCACCAACUUCAGUCUUCUGCAGAAGGUGCCGCAGAUGCGACACACUAGCACAAGGGACCUGGAUGCUUCGGGGCUGUGGCUACUCGAAGGUUCUUGGACCUUCUGCCCCUCAUGUGGCCGCAAGCGUGCAAGAGUUAAGACACAACGUUUCUCGUUGGAGAGGUUGACGCAGGCGGAGCGAUGUCGUCCAUCGUGUGAUGUUCCAGCAGAAGACCUUCUUGCCCCAGCUCCAGCCAAUGUCCUCGACGGGCGCUUGAUGGUUUACACAACACCGCAGAGCAGCACGUGGCACUGCUGGUCUGCGGCGAUUGCAUCGAGCAACCUGCCUUUGACACUCGUUCUUUCCGAGAAAGAACUUCAGCAGCUAGCGGUGCUUACCAUUCAUGUGGAUUGGCAAAGUCGCCGUGGUGGCAAAGCUGAGAUAACAAGCAAGCAAAAGAAGACUCUUACCAGAUGUCGGUGGCAACCCCGUCCUCUUCGCGAGCUUUCUCGAAAUGAUCUUGCUGCCAAGGCUUUCACAUGGCUCCUGCAGAACAACGACACUUAUCGAGCGUGGGUGGAUCACCACGCGGACUUGUUCCAAGCAACCGGCGAGUUGUCCAGUCGCGAGUUGCAAACAGCCGAACUGCUCUUGCGCUCCCCAGGCAUCGAAGUGGCCGCCAGACCUUGGCUUUAUCCGUUGGCGAGUCUAGCCGACACGGACUAUCAAGAGAGAUUGACUCCGUUGGGCUGGACAAAUUCUCGCAACAAGCCGAGCAUUCGCGCAGGCUUCAUGAGAAAGCUCGAGAGUCGGUGUAUUGACUACUGCAACGAUUUCGCUCUGCAGUGCCUGCUCUAUGAUGUCUGCCUCGCAAAAACCAUUAGCUCAGUGCAGGCCAUCGCCGAGAAACAGAAGGUGGCGCCGGAGCAGAUUGCGUCCGACAUGGACGGGUUCGAAAUCUACUGGCAACAACAACUGCGCAAAAUGGAAGAUAUUUGCAGGCAGGAGCAUGAAAAGACAGGUUGCUUAUCGGACGCUCUACCCUCGGUCUUCUUCACCAUAGCUCCAGCCGAGUGGCGCUAUCUGCUGCACAACGGGAUGUUUCACGAGGGCUCCCUGACAGACCAGCAGCAAAACAUCACGUUGCAUCUGUACCACACCUUGCAGGUUCUGCUGGAGCACCACAUCCUGAAGAACGGAGCAAGCCUUGCGAAGAUCGGUAUUGCCAGAGUUCGUCAGUGGUCGUUCCGCUUCGAAUUCCAGUCUCGAGGAACGCUGCAUUUGCACGCGGUUUUGUGGGCUGACUUGCUUCCUGGCUGGAACGCGAGUGAUGUCGCCGGUCGAAGCGACACUCUCCACGGUUCCGCCUUUGUUCGCUUGCUGGAGGACCUCUUUCGCAGUCGAGUGGAUGUGCAAUGCGGCGAUGGAAGUCACAACCUUCUGCAAUACGUGGCCGGCUAUGUCUCCAAAGCCUCGGAUGCACUGUCCUUCUCCAAGCGGCAAGCGCAGACGGAUGGCUCGCCGAACGAAACGAGCAAAUGGAGACAAACAUACCGGCUUCUCUGCAAACGUUCUCCCAUGGAACAGGAAGUGCUCAUGGAGUUCGCUGGCCUGCCUAUGGUGCGUCAUUCGUUUAGCGGGCACGCUCUCUUUGCUCCCAUCCCUGGAAGCGAAGCAAAAAAUUCUUCGCGAGAGCAAUAUCUGGUGUAUCAACAUUGCCUCACACUAUCUCCAGAGCUUCUUGGAUGUGCACAAGGCCUUUCUUACAUGCAAUGGUUGAGGCGGUUUCGUGUCGUCGAUGCAGACAAGAAGCAGGUUGCCAGAAGAAACGUGGCAGGACCCACAAAGAACUUUGACUGCGGAGUGGCCAUGACAUUCCCGUUUGAGUUGCUCGACAUCUUCGUGGGCGCAUGGGCAGCCACUUUCCUGCCCGACGUGCUGGAGUUCCGCCUCAUGCCCGACUGCACGAAGGACCAGCAGCACUAUCCACCGAGUCUGACAGCAGAGAAAACCCGCCGAGCAUCUUUCACGGCACCCACAGGUUGUCAGCAUCUCAAGGCUGUCCUUUGUUUGGAUGAGUUUCAACUCUAUCGCAAAGACCCUUUGGUUUUCAAUCCCAAUGUUGGUGAGCUACUUGCGCGCAUCGAGACCGAGCUCAUCUUGAGAGGAUUGACACAGGAUCGCAUUGCGACCUUCAAAGCUCGUGUCCAAGCCUGUGCUCUCUUGCUGUGUGCCGUUCGCGAUGGAAGAGAAGAUGCCAAUCUAUGGCAAGCAAGGUCGGUUGCUGCACCUCCUCGCAGAAUAUGGUCCAAAGAGCAGCAGCAAGUGCUCCAGCUCGUGCACGAGGGCACAACCAUCAGUGAUGCUGCAACCAUGGAAAAAGCACAUCGCAUUCUCCAAGUCGCGGGUGGUCCGGGGACCGGAAAGACAGAAGUCAUCAUCGCGGCUGUUCGCCAAGCCCUCGAAGACGGCUGCCGCGUGCUGAUUGCUGGCCCGAUCGGCCUGCUCGUUUCCAUGUACCGGCUACGAUUACCAAACCUUCAAAAUCUGACAAUGGAGACGGUGCAUUCAGCGUUCCGCAUAACUCGGGAAGCAGAUGCUGCCUAUGUUCCUCCAGGGCGGUUGCGGCACUACGACUUGAUCGUCAUCGACGAAGUCAGCCAAAUCGAAGCUUCCGUCUGGCGCAAGCUGAAAACCGGUCUAGGCGAGCUGAGUCCUUCCCCGUUCAUUGUGUUUGUGGGGGACUUUCAGCAACUGCAGCCUCUCCAUGGCGGUCCGGAACUUCAAGAUGAUCUUGACCGAGAAAAAAACGAGAAUCGCAUUCUCUUCGUCAAGUUGCAGCAUCAUGAAGCGGCUCGGUCGGUAGAUCCUGCCAUGCUGGAUUUUUUGGAGCAGGCCCGGGUUCGACAGCCCUCCCGGCAAGCCUUGCUCGAGUUCUUCCAAGGUCGCACGCUGCCAACAGAUGCCAACACAGCGGCUCGGCACGCUGCAACGGUGGAGGCAGCAGCCGGAGGAACAUUCACGUUCUUGACCGUGACCAACCAGGGCGCAGCUGCUUUGAAUCUCGGUCGUUUGGCUUUGGAGUUCCCGGAUGCAGCCGCUCUACUUCGAGGCGGCGGAGGCCUUCCGGCUGAAAGCGGCAAAGUCACCAUCGACCGGGGCAUGCGGCUCAGACUAACACAGAACAUCGACAAGGACCGAGGCUUCGUCAACGGGAACACUGGCGUCGUCCGCAACAUGCUCCGGUCCGACGUCUUUGUGUUAGAUUCCGACCAAGGCAUCCCCAUCCUCGUGCAUCCUAUCACGCAACGUGGGAAAAAAUACUUGCCGGUCGCGUAUGGUUGGGCAACCACCAUGCGGCGAGCCCAGGGAGCGACCUUGGACAAGGUCGGCCUGUGGUUCGACCGUCGACUCCCGGAUCGCGGGUAUGCAUAUGUGGGCCUUUCUCGCGCAAAGCGUCGCGCCGAUGUUUGGCAUCUUGGCAAGAUUCGACGCACCGACUGGCGCCCCGUCAACGGCCAAGGCGAUCCCGACGAGCAGCAAUACCUGUCGGCCUUGAGCGAAUCGACCCACAGCAGCGACAUGAGCUGCCAUAAUUCCGAGAGUGAAUCCACCCACAGCAGCAUGGGUUGCCAUCCUUCCGACAGUAGCUCAACAGCUUGCUACCGAGAGUCGACCGAAUCGUCGACAUUAACGGAGCCGAGCAUGUACAGCUCCAGCGAAUACUCACAUUCGCGGUCUCUUGCGCAUUUUCUGCCAUCGUCCAGCGAGGACUUGUAA